AUGGCUGCGCUGAGCAACCAUGGGCUAUUUGUAGAAGGUCAACUUGAUGGCGUUUGGCUCAAUGCUGAUUGCCCAUGGGAAUUUUACACGGUGACCGGCCAACGAGUGAUAAGGGCCAACUCCCAGGGCUUUCGAGAGUUCAGUAUCCGAUGGGAUCCAGGCAGGCUUUCCUGGCAGUGGGGCAGACAUGGCCGUCUCACCAUGCAGUGGCUUGGGGUUGACUCCAUCGCAUGGGUUCCUGACAUCAGUAGUAGCACUAUCAUCAGCAGAAUCAGAACUUUAUGCAAUUGGCACAGGAGCACAAGAAGGACUACAUAUAGCAAACUUCAUCAAGGAAGCAACAACAACAAAGGUGAACAUCCACAUACACACCGACAGCACAACCACCACCCUCGCCGAGAUCGGAGCCGCAGCAGAAGCCGGAAUUGGCAUAGAUCUUACCGUCGCAGGUGCUGGUGUUGCAUUGGGCAGGGCGAAGCGUCGCUUCCAUGCGGUCUGACUCAUCGAGAAGUCUACAGUUUGCUCUCCCGUGAGAUUACCCCAGAGGACUACGAGAUGCUGCUGCGGCUUGAUGAGGCGAUCCCGAAGAAGCAAGCCACAGAGAAGGAGACCAACGAAGCUCUACAUGUCGUCUCUUGCGAGGAAUUUCUGGGCAAAGAAUGCCCAAUUUGUUUGACGCGCUACUUGCAGACUGACGACGUA